AUGGACAAUAACAACCUCACCACAGUGACUGAAUUCAUUCUCAUGGGCAUUACUGACCGUCCAGAGUGGGAGAUUUUCCUUUUCCUGGUGUUUCUCAGCUUCUAUCUUGUCACCGUCCUGGGAAACUUGGGCAUGGUCAUUCUCAUCCAGGUGGACGUCCAGCUUCACAGCCCAAUGUACUUCUUCCUGAGCCAUCUCUCUGUGUUGGAUGCCUGCUACUCUUCUGUCAUCACUCCUCAGAUUCUGGCCACACUGGCCACAGGCAAAACAGUCAUCUCUUAUGGUGACUGUGUUGCCCAGUUCUUCCUUUUCACCUUCUGUGCAAGUACAGAGUGUUUCCUGUUGGCAGUGAUGGCCUAUGUUGCUAUUAGCAACCCACUACUCUACACUGUGGCCAUGAGCCCCAGAAGAUGCUGGAGUUUGGUGGUGGGGGCCUAUGUGUGUGGGUUGUCUGGCUCCAUUCAAAGAACCACAUGUACUUUCUCCCUCUCUUUCUGUGGAGACAAUAAGAUUAACUUCUUCUUUUGUGACCUUCCACCCCUGCUGAAGCUGGCCUGCAGUGACACAACAAAUGUUGAAAUUAUAAUUGUCUUUUUUGGGAACUUUGUCAUCUUGCUCAAUGCGUUGGUCAUACUCAUUUCCUACCUGCUCAUCAUCAAGGCUGUCCUGAGGAUGAAGUCUUCAGGGGGCAGAGGUAAAACGUUCUCCACAUGUGUCUCCCACCUCACUGCUGUGGCUCUUUUCUUUGGGACCCUCACCUUCAUGUACAUAAGGAGUGGCUCAGGCAAAUCCCUGGAAGAAGACAAAGUCGUGUCUGUCUUCUACACUGUGGUCAUCCCCAUGCUGAACCCUCUGAUCUACAGCUUGAGAAAUAAAGAUGUGAAAGCUGCCUUCAGAAAGGUCACCAGUAAACUACAGGUUUCUCAGAGUGUUUAG